AUGGCCUAUUCUGGUGUAUCAGACAAUGAUGAGGACGAGAAUUGGGCAAGUGACGCUCCUUCUAUACUCUGGACUCUAAAUCGUGCCAUCAGUGACACACUCAACGGAGGAUCAUCUUCAGGUUCUGACAGUGAUAGAAAACCUUGUUGUCACAACAAGGAGAGAGAUACAAACUACAUUGACUUUGGGUUUGAGUUACAAACAAGUGUUGAUGACGCGAUAGCAGCAAACAGUAUCUCAGACUCCACUUUUCAAAUAGGUGCUUCCUGGCAAGCCAAUAAGAACUUCUUGCUGAAGGCAAAAGUUGGACCUAAAAGCUCAACAAUGGUUGUUGCAUUCAAGUCAUGGUGGAAACCUUCUUUCACAUUCAACAUUUCAGCCACCAGAGAUCGUGCAGACGGUCAAUUGCAAUAUGGAUUUGGCCUCCAAAGUGAAAGUCUCAGAGAAGCCAGUUAUCAAAGAGCUGAUCCCAAUUUCGUAAUGCUCACCCCAAGCAAAGAACACCUAGCCGAGGGCAUUGUUUGGCAAACAGGAAAACGACCUAUGCUCCAAUCUGACAUAGAUGCUGGACAUUUCGAUGGCUUUUAUGGAUAA